GUUGUUCUAACACUGAAGUCAGAAAGUUUGCAGUCGGCUGUAGCUUACGUUUCAAUUUUAGUCACGAUAGAAAGAUAUUGACAGAUAUAAUUGCAAACCUCUGCAUGAAUAUAGAGAUUAAAGAUGGAGAGUAUAGAACUGAUUGUUGAAUAUGCAGAGCAAAGGGAAAAGAUAUAUAAGGAAUUUUUGGAAAGACUGAAAGAGUGGAUAUCAAUCAGGCCCAGGACUAUUCAAGGCUUACUUGAUCUUAUCAGUUACAUUGACAGCUUUCACAAAGGUGCUAAUGUUGCCAAUAUUGUUGGUUCUGCAGCAGGCAUUGCAGGGGCAGGUGGAGUCCUUUUGGCACCAUUCACCGGUGGCUUGUCUUUGGCUGUUGGAGGCAUUGCCGCAAGUGCUGUGGGUGCCGCUACAAGUCUCGUUGCUUCCUUCCAGGAUAACAGUGUUGCAAGGGAAAACUGCGGGAAAGCACAGGAACUUAUAGAUAAAGAUGCAAAAGCAACUAAUGCACUGACAAGCUCAAUGAAACAAUACCAUGAGAUGACACAGAAGCUAAGCGACUGUCUAAGAAGUGCCCAUGGUAAGAUAAACUUUGAGUCACUGCCACCAAUUGUGGCUAAUAGUCAGGCUGCUUCAAGUUACUUACUGGGUACUGGGCUGGUUGCUUCUGCUUCUGCAUUUGGCAAAGGAGCCAGUAAAGCAGGAGCCAGACUACUUCCAGUCGUUAGUGUAGUAUGCAUAGCCAUUGAUGUAUGGUCAAUUGUCACCACCACCGUGGAUAUGGUGGAAGGAUCGAAAAGUGAAGCGGGCAAAGAAUUGUUGAAGGUAGUUCAGAAGCUUCGAAAACAGGGACGUAAGUUAAGUAUACAUAUUAUAGAGGCGAUCAGACUAAAGUCUCAGGAUGCACCGUGCAAAGAUAAUGAGAAACAAUUGAUAUGGCAACUACUUCAACUAUAUGAAAAAGAAAAAGAGACUGAAUCAGAUUCUUCUGAUAGCGAUGAAUCUGAUGAUGAAAAUAGUAUAAAUUUUUGCCUGAUGAAUGCCAGAUCAGUGUUUAACAAAUGGGAAGUAAUAGCAAAGUAUGUGGUUCAGAAAAGUACUGAUGUUUUGGCAGCGACAGAAACUUGGGACCGUUUAAAACCAAUGGUAACGACAUUAUUAGGUUAUUACCCAUUCUUUUAUCUCCCUCGUGAAGCAAGAAGAGGUGGAGGAGUUGGAGCUCUAAUUAAGAGUGAUAUCAAGAUAAUCGACAUCAAAUGUAACUUUAAGUUUCAAACCUUUGAAUGCAUAAAUUGUAUCUUACUCGUGGAUUCAAAAGGAAGAACUAGUAGUAUGAUAGAUAUCUACAUACUUUACAGACCUCCAAAUUUAGUUUUAGGACCUUUCCCUGAAGAAUUUAAGUCCCUGAUAAAAGGAUCUCUUUCAAACAGCAAAGUCAUUAUUAUGGGUGACUUUAAUGUCGACUGGAAAAGAUCAGAGACAAAUAAAUACGAGUUAAGUAAGACAAAUAAGAUGAGGGACUUGUUGUGUGAACUUCAACUCCGCCAGCAUGUAGAAGAAGAAACACACAAGAAAGGUAGAAUCCUGGAUUGGGUAGUAACUGGAAACUUGGAGCCAUAUCGUCUAUCAAAUCUCCGUGUUGACAGACUAAGGGACCUUGAUCAUUAUCCAGUUACUUUCACACUUGAAUUGAAACGAUAAACUGACCAUGACCAUAUUGGCACAGCGCUAUGCAUUUGGAAAGCACUAUCCUUAAAACAACUAAAUUUUUCACUUGACAAAACAAAAUCCUUUGUGCUAUUUAUAAAUCAAUAUGACUUGUCCCCUUCAAUUUAGUUCUCUCUAUAACAAAUAUGCCAUUUCUGAUUAUUUAAAAUUAUGGAAUGCGUCCUGGAAUAUAAUUCGACAAUCUGUAAGCAGUACUUUUAAGGGUGGAUUUCAAUAUUGUGAAGAAAGUCUGCAGGAGUCAAUUCUGGAGAGUGGAAUGGAAUGGAAUGAGAAAUUUAGGCCCAAGGCCAAGCACAUGGUCCUAUAAGGUCAUUCAGCACUGAAAGAGACAUUGACAGUAAGAGGGUUUGAGAGGUGCAACAGGAGGAAAACCUUGCAGUUGCAGGAUGAAACAAUUGUCAGGAAAGGCUGGAAAGUAAGACGGCAGAAAAGAAAUAUAUGAAGGGAGGUACAGUAAAAGGAAUGUAAGAAGGUGCAGCUAGGGGCCGAGGAGACGCUGCAAAGACCUUUAAGUAAUGCCUAGAGUGCACCACGUGAGGUGCACUGACGGUAGUAUACCCCUACGGGGAGUUCUGGAGAGUAAUCCAGUUUGGA